AAGUACCGGUAAUUGUGAAACCUGCUUUGCAUUCUUGGUUCAUCAAACUGCUUGCUUGAGAACAGACUAGAAUCUGACACAAUGUUAGAGGGCGCACUCUGAUCAUUAACUCUCGCUGCAGCUUGCUUGCUUACUUGCAUGUAUCUUUUGAAUACUCAACAUUUGAUUCUCUGUGGCAUGUCUAAAUUGAUGUCAUUAAAAAGCUUUGUGUUGAAGGUAGUAAGUAUGAAAGUUCAUUCACGCCUGCAAGUCCCCCCAAUGCUUUAGUCAGCUAAGUGAUAAACAGGCAUGUUUAUCAUUAACCUUAGUUAUCAUUAAGCUUAGUUUCAGGUUAAUGAAGCUGGAUACUCUCUGAUUUGAAAUGCUCUUGACAAUGUUACAGUCAGUACAGUACUCCAAACAACUGACUUAACUUUCCCCCUGAAAUAGCAAGAUGUCAUGGAAACAUAUUCACUUGGCAAGUAAUGUUGACCCAGACAUAUUAUUUAAAGCACAGACAACCAGAAUCAAAGUAUCAACAACAAAGGUGCAUGGUCCUUUGAGCACAACACCAUUCAUUAUUUUAGGCACUUAUGGUUCUGAAGACUUCAUUCAGCAGUAUCUUGUUUCCUGGUUUACAAAGUCUAAUAUGGACUUCUAAUCCCAUAAGAAUAUGAUGUCUUGGACUAAAACGUCAUUUUAUGCAGAGAGAGGGAGAAGUGGUUGCAUAGGCAGAUACCUGGAGCUGUGUUGAUGGCUCCAGCGUUGGAACUUGAGGUCAUGGCUAACUGCUAGGUCACUGUGCAUGCCGAGGGCCUCAGGCGUAAUCCCUGGCAUCUCUAGUUAAAGGAUUUCAGGUAGUACAUAGGCACCACCUCUGCCUGUGAUGUUGGAGAGAUGCUGCUAAUUGGAACAGACAGUAGUGAACUAGAUGGGUCAGUGGUCUGAUUUGGUGUAAGACAACCUCUUGUAUCUCAUCUCUUGCCUUGGAAAGUGGUGAUGAAGGGAAUGGGAAGGAAAGCUUACCACUACAAUAAAAUAUCCUAAGUUGUAUCUACAGUCAUACCUCGGUUUAAGUACGCCUCGGUUUGAGUAUUUUCAGUUUAAGUACUCCGCGGACCUUUCUGGAACGGAUUAAUCCACUUUCCAUUACUUUCAAUGGGAAAGUUCGCUUCAGGUUAAGUACGCUUCAGGUUAAGUACAGACUUCUGGAACCAAUUGUGUUUGUAAACCGAGGUACCACUGUAGUGUAGUACUAAGUGAAUGCUCCAUCAGUGCAAGGAUCUCUGCUUGUACAAUGGAACAGUCUUCCCCUUUGUGCCCCUUAAAUUUGUUCUAGGGGUUCCCUCAACCCACUGGAGCAGAUGUGGUGAGGGCGCAGGGUGGGUGGAUGGGAUUAGUUGAAUGCCACCUGUGUAAUUCUUAAACGGAGAGCUCAAUGAAGGGAAAUAGUUGCUGCGGUGAUCCAAUGAGUGACUCAAACCACAUGUAAAUCUAUUUCAGGAUGUCGAAGCAAGUACCACCUUUGGAGAAUCCAGCUUAGUCAAUGCUAUAAAAUUGCUUGCCUUUGAGAAGGCAGGCAGGAUGACAGAGAGAACAGCAUUUCUUUUAUCAAAGAACAAGAAAGAUGAAAGAUGCAGACAGCAAGACCAGAGAAUAAAGAAAAGGAGACGGCAAAUUUAAUAGGACAAAAGUGAUUGAGAGAGAGAGACAGAGACAGAGGAAAGAAAGCAAGAAAAUGUCUAUAGUGUUUAGGUUAGUGCUUUUUUAAAUUAAUUUAGCCCCCAAAGGAGUGGUGGUGUUGUAGCUUAUAAGGAUAUCAGUGGAGAGCAGAAUUGUUUAUGUACAGAGCAAACCUGGUAUCUGUAAAUUCCACCAUAAUCUCCACUAUUGUAAUUCCUCAUCAAAUUAGCUCACUGGCUACUGAAUGGUAGCAGUGCCUGACACCCAAUAUCAGGCAUCUCCCAAACUGCGAUCCUUCAGAUGUUUUGGCCUACAACUCCCAUGAUCCCUAGCUAACAGGGAUGAUGGGAAUUGUAGUCCAAAACAUCUGGAGAGCCGAAGUUUGGGGAUGCCCGCCCAAUAUACUCUGCACUGCACAUAAAUGAAUGUGAAUGUGAAAUUAGUGAGUGUGAACCGUAAUGCUUUCUUUUCCUUUUUUGAUACUCAAGAACGUUAAAACGAUGUUGAAGGUGAGCCAAAUUAUAAACCUUCUGUUAUAAAUGAAGAAUAAAGGGAGAUAUCCAUGCUAUAGCCAUGGAUUUAAAGGUUCUACACUGAAUAUGGCAGGCAUUCAAAUGUGGGGGCCCCAAAAAUUGACGUUAGUUCUGCUGUUGCAGUUGUCAUGUGAAAGAGGAAAGAACCCUGUUCUCUUUUUUAGUCAUUUGAUCUUACUUGAAAAUGAAGUAGUGCAUGACUAUUCCUGCUUUGCAGGGGGUUGAACGGGGUGACCCGUGGGGUCCCUUCCAACUCGACAGUUCUAUGAUUCUAAGACAUUCAUCUAUUUUUAUUUGUCUGAUGAAUAGGAGAAUGAAAGGUAAGGGUCUCCCUUCGUAGUAAACAGGCAGUGACCUACCGGUAGUUGAUGUUGAUACAAGGGUAAGUGGGCAUUUGCAGAUGAAAGAGCAAAUCAUUCAAGCCUAAUGGCUGCAAACAAUUCAAGCCAUCACCACACAACAUAGAGCUGAACUAUUUUGCAGUGGAGGCAUUAAGUGUUGCCCAACUCCCUGAGGACUGGAAUUGGUGGGCUAAAUAUGUGCAAUUUGUGCCAUUGCCCCCCAUCAUUGCCACUCUUCUGUCAUAUCUCAUACCAUGGUUGCUUGUAUAUAAAACAUGCAGCUCAUUGGUUUUGUCGAUACCAGUGGAUGAUUUUCUUAAGUACUUACUGAAGUAAUUUUGUGUGUGUGUGUGCAUAUGCCUGCUGUAUUAUUUUUUUAAAAAAAAUGAAAUGGCUGAUAACACACACACACACACACAUGAAAAUUUAAAAUUGAAGACCAUCCACUAAUUAUGGAAAGAUGCUUUCUUAAUUGCCUGGAUAAGCCUGGCAGCAUGGGAAAAUUUUCAGCAGGUGUUUAAAGGUUGAAACAGAAGGCGAUUGUUGCAUCUCUGUUGGCAGAACAUUUCACAGGACUGGGUCAUUUCCUUACCUAAGAUUUAAAUUUGGCUUGGGCUUUCUCUGGAAUGCUUUAUGAAUGAAAGAGGGCAUGCUAAACACUAAAGGGAAUGUUCAAUUUUACAUUUCCCUAGGCUUUUUGUUGUUGUAUUGGUAUUUAAAAACCACCCUGCUGUAAACUUUGAAUGUUACUAAGCUAUGAAACUGAAGAUUUUUUCAAAGCGUCAGCUUGAAAAUUAUUCUAAUGCAUUUAUGUUACUGCUUGAACUGUGUAGCGUUGCCUUUCAUCUCCCACUAAAAUUUACUUUGCAGCCCCUGUAUUUGUGAAGAAAAACCGCAGGUUUUAAGCCAAGUGUAAAAUUCAGUUACUUUAGUGGCUAGAAUGAAGACAGGGAUUAGACAUGAAACCGUGGCUGAGGAACUGAGACUUGUUGCACAAAAGAGGAAGAGGAAGGAAAAGAAAAGGUAAAGGAAGAUGGUGAGGAAAGAGCAGAAGUGGAUAGGCAGGACCCUGGUUUGACAUGUACUUACGGGCACGUGAAUCAGUGGUUUUGAACUUCAAUCCUUUUAUGGCUUUCAACCCUGACCCCAAAGCUGAAUAUAACGACCAGCUUGUGAGAGCGACUAACAUGACUGUUUCUGCUCUGCGUUUCUUGAAGACUCUCAGGGCUGGCUUUUUAGAGCCAGAGGUUUUUCAUCUCAACCCAUCCAAAAGUGACACACAAGCUUUUAAAAGGUUUAUUCGGUUUGUGCCUUCCUCUCUCUCGUGGUUUGGUGCCUAUAUGGUGAAUGCCUACCCACUAGACAUGUCCCAGUACUUCAGGCUUUUUAAUUCUACACGACUGCCUAAGCUCAGCAAGGAUGAGCUGUUUACAGACGAAAGCAAGCGGCACUUAUUAGUGCUUAGAAAUGGAAACUUCUAUGUGUUUGAUGUUCUAGAUAGAGAUGGGAACAUAGUGGCGCCUUCAGAAAUUCAAGCACACCUAAAAUACAUCAUUUCCGAUAGCAGCCCAGUUCCAGCCUUCCCUCUUGCUUGCUUGACUAGCGAAAACAGGGACACAUGGGCGCUACUGAGACAAGAGCUACUUGAGAAUGGCAAUCAGGAAGCUUUAACAAAGGUGGAUUCAGCAAUCUUCUGCCUGUGCCUUGAUGACUUUCCAAUUAAAGAUCUCAACCACUUGUCCCAUACAAUGCUCCACGGUGAUGGAGUCAACAGGUGGUAUGACAAAUCCUUCAACCUUGUUUUAGCCAAAGACGGCACCGCAGCAAUUCACUUUGAGCACUCCUGGGGAGAUGGUGUAGCUGUACUCAGAUUCCAAAACGAAGUGUUUAAAGACAGCACCCAGUCGCCUGCGAUUGCUCCUCCGUCUCAGCCUGCUGCGGUUGAUUCUGCCGCAGCUGUACAGAAGCUGAGCUUUAAAUUGAACGAUGCCUUAAAAGAAGGAAUUGCCAAGGCCAAACAGAAUUUUGACGCCACUGUGAAAACGCUGACUCUGGAGGCCAUUCAGUUUGAAAAAGGAGGCAAGGAGUUCCUAAAAAGGCAGAAGCUGAGUCCUGAUGCUAUAACGCAACUUGCCUUCCAGGUGGCUUUUCUACGGCAAUAUGGCCAAACUGUUGCCACCUAUGAGUCUUGCAGCACAGCAGCAUUCAAACACGGUCGCACUGAAACCAUCCGUCCUGCCUCAGUUCAUACAAAAAAGUGUUCAGAGGCUUUCGUCAGGAAUCUGCCCAAGCACAGUGCUGCGGAACUGCAGCAGAUGAUUGCGGAGUGUUCCAAGUUCCACAACCAGCUCACAAAAGAAGCUGCUAUGGGUCAGGGAUUUGAUCGACACUUGUACGGCUUGCGGCAUCUGGCAGAAUCCACAGGUAUCCCUCUGCCAGACUUUUACCAGGACCAAGCUUAUGCCCAGAUUAAUCACAACAUUCUCUCCACAAGCACUCUGAGCAGUCCUGCUGUGAAUAUCGGUGGUUUUGCACCAGUGGUGCCUGAUGGUUUUGGUGUCGGAUAUGGAGUUCAUGACAACUGGAUUGGAUGUAAUGUUUCCGCCUACCCUGCUAGGAACGUGCAAGAAUUCCUCCAGUGUGUACACAAGGCACUAGAGGAUAUUUUCAGUGUUUUGGAAGGUAAACUUGAUAGCAAGUAAGACACAUCAGGGCUGGUCUUCUGAAAUGAAUCUUCAGCCCAGAAUUUCAGUACAGCACCUAUUGCUUUGUAAUUCCGUGGGGGUGGGGGUGGGGGAAUGGCAGCUUCCCAGGGGAGAAAAUCAUGAAUUUUAUUCUGUAUGCACAGCUCAUUCUAAUACCGAUUAUAAAAUAAUUCUGCCCUUGUUCUGGUACCUGUCAGCAAAGACAUGUUCUCACAGUCAAAGUUUCUAGGUUGCACGAGGUAUGGCAUAGCCUUUGUUCCUCGCAAAUAAUGUGCAUGGACUUAAAGGACGCAGACCAUUAACGUAAUUUAUAGCGAAUGCUCUGUCGUCAUUCAGAUGUCUAAGACCAGCCCUUCUGUAUCAGACCGAAGCCCAUUCAAUUUCUCUUUAAAGCUAUUCAAGUGAGUGCUAUGGCUACAUCUUAAGGUAGCAAAUGUGCUACCUGAAUACGUACUUCCCUUUGUCUGUCCUGACUCUUCCAAUAUUCAGCUUCAUUAGAUGACCCCAAAUUCUAGUGUUAUGAGACUGUGCAUAAUUUUAUACACCUCUAUAACGUAGUUUGGGACCCAGGUGGCGCUGUGGUUGAACCACUGAGCCUAGGGCUUGCUGAUCAGAAGUUCGGCGGUUCGAAUCCCUGUGACGGGGUGAGCUCCCAUUGCUUGGUCCCAGCUCCUGCCAACCUAGCAGUUCGAAAGCACGUCAAAAUGCAAGUAGAUAAAUAGGUACCACUACAGCGGGAAGGUAAAUGGCGUUUCCAUGUGCUGCUCUGGUUCACCAGAAGCGGCUUUGUCACGCUGGCCACAUGACCUGGAAGCUGUACGCCGGCUCCCUCGGCCAAUAAUGCGAGAUGAGCGCGCAACCCCAGAGUCGGUCACGACUGGACCUAAUGGUUCAGGGGUCCCUUUACCUAUAAUGUAGUUUACCUUUUUUUAAACGAAAAAGCUCCAAAUGUUGUCACAUUUGCUAAUAAGUUCCAGCCCAAUGAUAAAUCUUUGCUGCCCUUUUCUGAACUUUUUCCAGCUACAUCCUUUUUUGACAUGCAUUGAUGACCAGAAGUAUAUUUGAAGUGUGGUUACCCCGUAGAUUGGUAUAAUGGUGUCAUGUCAUUGGCUGUUUUAUUUUCAGUUCUUUUCCUAACGAUCUCUAAAAUGGAAUGUUAGUUCAGACUCAGGGAUCUGCCCUCCAUCUUCAACAAUGAAUGCAGGUGCAAAGAAUUAACUCAGCUUCCUGCAAUCUCUUUUUCUUCCCUUGUCAUAAAAGGUUAACUACCUCCCUAGUCUUUUUGUUGUUUUUAACGUAUUUAAAUAACUGUUUUGUCAGUCUUUGCUGGGAUGACAUGCUUUUAAAAAUUCCCCAUUGGCUGCUUGCAUUUCUUUCCCCCCAAUUUUAUGUUUCUUCUGUUCAUUUGAACAAGGCUUCCAUUUUUGGAAACCACCUUACCUCUAACAGCUUCCUUGAUUCUGCUAGUUAACUACAUUGGCAUACUCUUAGGCUUGGUGGUAUCCGUGCUAUUUUUCUAGAAAAAAAGACGUUCCAGAACUCACAUGAACACCUCCCUUGUCCUUUUACUGUAUAAUGGCAAUGGCACACACCUGAGAGGUGCCGGAACUGAGUUCCAGUAAGUUCCAACUGGAAAAAAGCACUAAAUGUUCCUGUGUAAGAAUCUAAAUACAUGCACAUGAAAUAUAUAUGUAUUUUAAAAACAGCUGCCUUAUUUUUGUUGAUCAAGCAGAAUGCUAAUCUAAAAUGUGCCUUUGUUGGAAACCAUUUUGCUCCAGACGGUUUAAAGUGAAACUCAAAUGUGAACUGUUAGCAAUCUUCCAUCAAAUAUAUUUCAGAUGGUUGCGGAAUGUACUUUUAUUAUAAUAAACAGUCUAAA